AUGUCUCGUCGCGGAGUUGGCCUCGGGGCCUUUGCAAAUCGCAACCAAACGACUCAAUCGUGGGCGACUCAUGGCGCUAACCUACGUUCGACACAUACGGCCUCCCUCCAGACCCAGUUGUCGGUCUUCCAGUCAUUGCUCCAUACCUUCGCGCUAGAGCACAGCUCAGAUAUCAAGUCAAAUCCUACCUUUCGGGCAGAGUUUGCGCGCAUGUGUAAUACCAUCGGAGUCGACCCACUCGCCGCAAGCAAUAUCAAGGGCAAGAAUGGUCGCCGAGGACUGGGAGAGGGCGGCAGCUUUUGGACCCAGAUUCUGGGCGGAGAUAUGAAUGACUUCUAUUUCGAGGUUGCCGUUCGUGUUGUGGAGCUAUGUAGGGAGACAAGAAGCGAGAAUGGUGGUCUGAUAGGCGUGGGGGAGUGUCGCAAACGAGUGGGGAAGGGCAAGGCGAUUGGAAGUGGACUUGAGGUUUCAGAUGACGAUAUCCUACGUGCCGUUCGAUCCCUUGAGCCCCUUGGCUCUGGGUUCUCUAUCGUCACCGUGGGUAGCAAGCAGUAUAUUCGGUCCGUUCCAAAAGAACUCAACACUGACCAGGCAACCGUCCUCGAGGCUAUUCAGGUGCUGGGAUUUGUGAGUGUUUCCAUGCUGCGGCUCAACCUGAAUUGGGAGAAAGCUCGGGCACAGACGGUCAUCGAUGAUUUGCUCGCCGACGGCCUCGUCUGGCUAGAUGCCCAGGGCCCCGAAAAAGAAUAUUGGUCGCCCCAAAACCUUCUGGAGGACAGCGGGUGA